CAGGGCCGGCCGGUAGAGCUUGAUCUGCAAGUGUGCAUCUCUGUGGGCAUUGUCUCCACCCGGGAGCCCCUGCCAGGCCUGCAAUCCCUGCCUCGGUGGGGAGUUCAGAUCCGGGUUCUCACUGAAGCUGCCCUCAGUGUGGAAAGAGCUCUGCCUGUGCACGUGACUCGACUCUUGGACGAGCACAAGGAAUAUGGCUCCAGGGCUCCUGACAACCAGGGAUGAGGCAUUAAUAACCUUCAGAGAUGUAGCUGUGGCCUUCACCGAGAAGGAGUGGAAACUACUGAGUCCUGCUCAGAGGACCCUGUAUCAGGAUGUAAUGCUGGAGACCUACAGCCACUUGGUGUCGCUGGGAAUUGCCUUUUCCAAACCCAAACUCAUCACACAACUGGAGCAAGGGGAUGAGCCCUGGAGAGAGGAGCGCGAAUGUCUUCUGGACCCCUGUCCAGAACCAAGGACAGAAUUCCAGCCCAGUCUCUCCUGCCUGGUGGCCUUUUCCAGUCUGCAGUUCCUCAGACAAUAUGUGCCGUGUGGUCACCCCCCUGAGAUUUCCCCAAGCUCUUCUGUAGGAAGUCACUUCCCACUGGAAGCUCCAAGCUGCUCGAGUGGAAAAGCAGAAGACGGAGACAGAGAAGGCUCUGGCACCGUGUUUAGGAGGCUGCAGCCAAGUGGGACUUCAAGCAUAUUCUUUGGCCCAUUUCAGGGUCAGCCGGUAGACAGGGUGGAAGGCAACAGAGGUGAAGGAACAGACCAGAAGGUGAAUCCUGAGGGGGCAGACACAAUGUUGACAGGGGCAGAAUGCUCAGAAUCUGGAGCAGUCGUGUGUGAAAAAUACAGAGGACAACGCAGCACAAACUUGAGCCUCUUCAGCCUCCAGAAGCCUCAUGUGUGUCCUGAAUGUGGCAGAGGUUUCUGCCAGAGGUCAGACCUCCGCAAGCACCAGAGGAUGCACACAGGAGAGAAGCCUUAUAGUUGUGGGGAGUGUGGGCGAGGCUUUGUCUGGAAGUCCUCCCUCACCAGACACCAUAGGAAACACUCAGGAGAGAAGCCCUACGUGUGCAGGGAAUGUGGGCGACACUUCAGGUAUAGGUCCUCGCUCACUAACCACAAGAGGAUACACUCUGGAGAAAGACCCUUUGUAUGUCAGGAGUGUGGGAGAGGCUUUUGCCAGAAGGCAUCGCUCCUCCAACACCAGAGCUCACAUUCUGGUGAGAGGCCCUUCUUGUGCCUGGAGUGUGGGCGUGGCUUCAGGCAGCAAUCCCUGCUGCUUGUUCACCAGGUCACGCACUCAGGGGAGAAGCCCUAUGUCUGUGCUGACUGUGGGCAUGGCUUUCGCCAGAAGGUCACCCUCAUCAGACACCAGAGGACACACACAGGGGAAAAGCCUUACCUGUGCUCUAAGUGUGGGCGUAGCUUUUGUCAGGUUUCCCUCGUGGGACACCAGACUCACACAGGGGAGAACCCCUAUGUGUGCCCUGAGUGUGGUCAGGGCUUCAGUCAGAAAGUCACCCUCAUCAGACACCAGACGACACACACAGGGGAAAAGCCUUACAUGUGCUCUGCAUGUGGCCUCACCUUUGGCUUCAAGACACUUCUCACCAGACACCAGAGGACACACUUAGGGGAGGAGUCUGAUGUGUAUGGAGCCUGUGAGCAGGGACUGAGCCAGAAACCUGACCUCACCUCUGACCAGAAGACACACUCAAGAGAGAAGCCAUGUGUGUGGGGGGCGUGUGGGCGUGGCUUUGGCUUCAAGUCAGCCCUCAUCAGACACCAGCGGACCCACUCGGGAGAGAAGCCAUACGUGUGCAGGCAGUGUGGUCGUGGCUUUAGCCAGAAGUCUCACCUCCACAGACAUAGGAGGACCACGUCUGGCCAUCACUCCCUGCCACAAGAGCUUUUCUCCUGACCUUCCCUUUCCUUUCUCCAUCAGCAUGAAGAUGGCAGAAAUCACUAGGAAAUGUUCCACUUUUCUCAAAUGCAGUGGAGAAAAGAGUACUGCAUUCUUUCAGUGAUAAGAGAAUUGGUUUAUGGUUUCCCUCCUACACUAGGAGUGUGUUUUAUUUUUCCAGGGCGGCCAUAAUAAAAUACCACAGACUUGGUGCCUUGAAAAACAGAAACUUAUUUUCUCAAAGCUUUUGAGACCAGGAGUCCAAGAUCAACACGUAAGCAGUUUGGUUUCUACCAAAGCCUCUCUCCUUGGCUUGCAGAUUGACUCCAUUCUUGCUGUGUUCAUGUGGCCCUUUUUCCAUGUGUGUGCUCUCCUGGUGUCUCUCCCUCUUGUAAGGAUACCAGCCAUGUUGGGUUAGGGACCUUAUACCAUUUACCUUUUAAAGACCCUGUCAUCAAAUAUGUCACAUGGUAGAUUAUCCCUUCAACAUAUGAAUUUUGUGGAACAACUCAGCCCAUAACACUCAGCCCUCUAGCCUACCCCUCAAAUGAACGUCCUUUCUCACAUACAGAAUACGCUCAUCUUAAGAGCCUCAAAACUCAAUGCACUCCAGCAUCAACUGUAUGUCCAGAAUCUCACCUAAAACACAUGGGUGAGACUAGAGAUGUGUUUCACCCUUAGGCAGAAUUCCUCUUUAGCUGUGAACCUGUAAACCAGACAAAUUAUCUGGUUCAAAAAUACAGUGGUGGGACAGGCCUAGAAUUCCCAUUCCCAUUCGAAAAGUGUUGAAGACAGGAUUGAUGGUCCCAAGCAAAUCUAAAACCUAGCAAGGCAGAUUCUGUUAUGUUUAAGGCUCAAGGACAAUCUUUGGUUGGAUCCUCGGCUCUCUGGUCCCACUUGGGUGGCAUUGGUGGUGCCAGGCACUGUGAAACCAUGCAAGAGACACACUGGCUCCUCAGACUUUUACUCUCUGGGCCCACUGUGGGAGUAGCAGACCUGCUCAUCUCUGUUUUACCUUUGGGGUCAUUCUCUGCUCUUACUCAUGGGCCACACAUGUUCUCCGUUGAGUAGAUCUAUUCUCCUCAGCCCUCCCUAGUCUUCAGAAUGCCUUCAGUCUGUCCCAUGUGUAUCACCAUUAGUCCAACCUGCCAGAGUUUCUGCUGAGAUAGCUGAAUGGUUCCAAACUAAUCUCUUUUUAUCAAAGGACUGUCUAGCCACAUUGUGAUGUUCUUUCCA